CAAGGCUGAAUGGCGAAAAUCGUUUGUAAUCUGGCGUUCGUAUAUCGCUGCCCCGUUCCAGAAGGACUUGCACCAGGUUCUCAUCGCAGAACGCGAUGGCGUACCAAAUAGCAGACCGGUUCUUGAUAUCCGUUAUAUUCAGACAUGGAUUAAAAUCCA